AUGGCCCCGCACGUCCAAACCUUCCCCUCCUCCCAGCUCCCCUCCCACAUCCACCACCUCCCCAACAGCUCCCACCGCGCCCGCAAGACCCCCAGCGGGAAACCGACCGACCUCUCCCGCGACUGCGACCUCUUCUCGUUUGUGCAGUACGACUGCCAGAUCGCCCGCCCCAACGAGGCCAACUGCCCCGUCGUGUGCACGCCCGUCAAGCGCUUUUUCAGGGUUUUGUAG